UGUGACAGUGACAUUUAAUCAAUAACAAUGAUCAGUGAAUUUUAUAAAAUUGCCUGUUGAUCACUGUCGAUAGUAUUUUCAACUUAUUUUCAAGUAUUUUGUUAAAUUGCCUAUUAAUUACAUAUCAGUGCGUGAAUAAAUAUAAUUUAAAAUCAAUCAAUCAUGAGUUUAUUCGGAGAAAUUGUUGAACCUGGCUCAAGAACUUCGUGGGAAGAUUGGGAUGAUCCAUCGAUGGAAAAUAAUACACCGGAACUCAAAUGGCCAAAUAACCUCAACAUACCUGACGAAAUUGAUCUUUUCAUAAUUUUCGAUGGCAAGCGCAUAACAGAGGCCGUUCAGAUACGUCCACAACACUCCUUACAACUAGUAGCAACUGUAAAAGAUAUUGGUCUCGAGUUAUAUAAAUUAAGGCGCCAGAAAGCUUUCAUAUGUCUUCUUAAAGACUACAAUUUUCUUCUCACUACAGACAUUGUGGAGCUGUUGAGAGUCUUUUUAGAAAAGAGUGAAGAGGUUUUGGUAUUAGUGAAUAGACCAAUAUCAGAUUAUUACAGCAAUACAAACUUGUGCCACUCAUGCAUUGUAAGAACAUUAUGUACUACGAUAACCCCAGAAAUUGAUCUUGAUCUUAAUUUCCCAAAAUUGGAACAACCUAAUAUAAUAUCUGGUGUGGCAGCUGGAGUUGUUACCUUAAGAGAGCACCUUGAUUUACCAGCAAAGGUGGUGAUUUAUUACGUUGAGUAUUCAGAAAAUUAUCAGAUGCCAGGAUUAUUCCACUUCUUACAAAAUCUAAAUGUCUAUUAUGACAUGCACGCAAUGCCAAGUAACUUAAUCAAUUCUAAUUUAUACAUUUAAUGUACCUUUUAUUAAUGCUGUUAUAAUAAAUAAUACACAUCAAA